GAAGGGGAACGAGGUUUUCGAAGUAGCCACAGACCAACCAAUCAAGUCCGUGGGGAAUUUCAAUGGAUCGCAUUUUUGGUGGGUUCUGAAACACAGAUACACCCCAACACAAGAUCGAUCGUGCUGGAACUCGAUCGAUACUUCCCAAGACCAUGAAUUCUUUUUCUUUUAAGCAAAAAACAAGACCCAUCACUAAACCAAUCACAAACCAGCCAAAAACCUCCACAAAAGGACCGCUCUUUUCAUCGAUCCUCCACCCCCAUCUCCUACCUUACACUGAUCACUACCAGACAGACCGAGAACAGAUUUUCUUUCCCCUGUCAAAUGCUGUCGAGGGCCUUCACGAAGCCCAAGAGAAGCCCCAAAAAUGGCGACAACAUCACCCGGUCGGAGUCCAUCCUGCACGAGUACGAGGACUGCAUCGUGGGGUUCAUGGACGACAUCCCUCUGGUGGUGUGCGACGCGAUCAAGGGCUACCAGGGGGCACGCAGCGAGCCGACGCUCAGGGAGGUCCUGAGGGCGUCGGUCGGAGUGAUGGGGGAGAGCUGCUUGGGGAUCACGGAGAAGGUGGUGUUCUUGGGGGGGAAGGUAUGCGCGCUCAAGAGGUUCCGGGAGGUAGGAGUAGGAAAGAGGGAGUUCGGAAGGAGGCUGCAGAGGGUGGCGCAGAUUAGCGGGAGGUGCGAGCACCUCGUGCCGGUGUUGGCGUACCUGUACACCAAGCGGAUCAAGUUCGUGCUCUGCGAUUACUACCCUAUGGGUAGCCUCCAUGACCUCCUAUCCGGUGGGAGGGACUGUGGACACACAGCCCUGAACUGGAACCAGAGGCUCAAGAUCCUCUUCACUGCCGCACAGGCCAUCCUCUUCAUCCACUCCCUCUCCCCUCCGAAAGAGAGAAAGAUGCACAUGAACGUGCAUGGCAACAUCAAGUCCGCCAACAUCAUGAUCAAUGCCGACUUCACCGCCUGCCUCUCCGACUACGGCUUCGCCCAGCUGGCGCGGCUCGUCGACGCCUCCAACAUGGGGCAGUACAAGCCGCCGCCCCCCACCACCGUGGCCGAGAGCAUCUACUCCGACGAGAUGAGCCAGAAGGGGGACAUAUACAACUUCGGGGUCGUCAUGUUCGACAUCAUCGGCGGGGACAAUGCGAUGCAGGACUACCGGAAGUGCAUACUGCGGAAGAAAGAGGAUCAGAUCAUGGACGGGCGGAUGGAUUUCUUCGACUUUGGCGCGGAAGGGGACGAGCGGAGCCAGGCCAUGCAGCUGUUAGAGAUUGCGUUAGAGUGUACAAAUGAAGUAGCGGAAGAGAGGCCCCCCAUAGAGCAGAUACUGAAGACCAUUUGCAACAUUUCGAGCGUGUAAUCUGAAUCUAGAUUGCACAAAAUGGCGGUGCGUUCUCGUGCUAUUUUGUGCUCUCCAACUUUUCAUGGCACUGGGUUCUACUUAUGAGGAGAGUGUGAUGUUAUGUGAUGUGCGGCACUUCACAGAGU